AUGGCAGAGUGGCAUAUUUCACACAAAGUUGCUGCAAUAAUUAGCGACAAUGCUGCAAACAUCUUAUCUGCUGUCAGACUUGGUGAGUGGCGGUCAAUCGCGUGCUUUGCUCACUCUCUAAAUCGUGUUGUACAACAAGCCACUACUGAAAUAACUGACGUUAUAACGCAAGUUAAAAAUAUUGUUGAAUACUUUCAUCGUAGCACGCAAGGUCAAAAACAAUUAACAGCUACACAACAACAAAUGAAUUUGCCCGUGCUCAAGCUCAUACAGGACGUGAAGACCCGUUGGAACUCUACAUUUGAUAUGCUUCAGCGAAUUGUACAGGUAAAGGAUGCUGUUAUUGCAACGGUUGCUCUUCAACGUUCUGACCUCUCUAUUAAAGAACAGGACCGGGAGAUAAUUGAAGGAGUCUUGCCUUUACUAAAGCCAUUCUAUGAAAUCACAGUAGAAAUUAGCGCCGAAAAAAAUGUGACUUUGUCAAAAGUUAUUGUGUUUUGCAAUUUGCUCAAAAGUUUUCUCCAAAGACAUGCGAUAACGAAAAAGUUGUCGCAGUGCAGUCAGCGUUAA